CACGGAGCCACGGCGGCAUCUCCACAAGCAGACAUUGGCCAGAAUAAUCAUCACCAUCACCUUUCGGGCAAAGUACACGGCGACACCGCUCAUCUAAGCAGUAUGUAUUCCCGAGUGGGUGUAGGUGCUCACCCGUACGAGAGUUGGCCUUUUAACAUGAACAUGGCUGGAUCCGCCCACGCGGGCAUCAAGACUGAGGUGUCCUCGGUCAAUACGCUCAACUCAACGACUUGGUGGGACAUGCACGCGGCUUCUGCUGGAGCCGGAUCUUGGCUCGAUAUGUCCGGCGCUGCCCCCGGAUUGCACGGACAGAUCCCGGCCAACUAUACCGGGGGAGAGUAUGGACUUGGUCCAACUUUAGCAGUUGCCUCCAACCCCGCACAUCUCCUCACGUCAGGUCAACACAUAUUUCAAGAUACUUACAAGUCGAUGCUACCCCCGGCUCAGGCGAUGGCCCACUCCGUACCGUCGCCUUUUGGACUCUCCCAGACAACCUUGUCUCAAGUUCCGUCUCCCCGUUCCGGGCGACGAUAUACGGGGCGGGCUACGUGUGACUGUCCCAACUGUCAAGAGGCGGAGAGGUUGGGACCAGCAGGGGCCCACCUGAGGAAGAAGAACAUCCACAGUUGUCACAUCCCAGGAUGUGGAAAGGUUUACGGAAAGACGUCACACCUGAAGGCUCAUCUUCGCUGGCACACGGGAGAACGGCCCUUCGUGUGUAACUGGCUUUUCUGCGGAAAACGUUUCACCAGAUCGGACGAGUUACAGCGUCACCUGAGAACCCACACCGGCGAGAAACGUUUCGCCUGCCCCGUAUGUAACAAGCGGUUCAUGCGGUCCGAUCACCUCAGCAAGCACGUGAAGACCCACAACGGGAACGGCACAGAGAAGAAAGGCAGCGGUAGCGAAAACUAUAGCGAUUCGGAAAACAGCCAAACUGAACCUUCGAGGGUCACAUCGUCGUCACUGACCGGUCCGGUGCCCAACGGUCCAACCGGAUGUGUCGCGAACACCAAAUAAUGUCUGAGAAAUAAUUCUUUAUUCUUACAAUCCUGUGCCAUACAUUGGCUGUGCCGUCUUACUGGGUCAAAAUUUGACCUAACCUGACCUCUGUAACAUUGUGUGGUUUCGUAAAAACUGAAUUUGUUGUUGUUGUUGUUUUUUUUUUCUUAUUACGUGUGAGUGAGGUGGCCAAAUUACUUGUAAACACUGUUAUUGUUUGCCUGUACAGUUGCUCCAAACUGGCACUGAUUACGUAACUCGUAUUACCCAUGUACAUAUACAUGUAUAUUGAUCUCUAAGUGAUGGAGCCACCACGUCCCUAACAUCAGAGGAUUUUCACUAAACUAUAGUUUUAUUUUUUUUUUCACGAGUCGCAUGUGAUGCUGUCUUUCGUGUGAGACAGCUUCACUGUGUUACGAAGAUGGACUCGCAGGCGCCAUUAUGUCAGCAAGAGUUCAAGAUGGUAUUAACCGAUUAAAAAAAACUGCUUUGUGAUGUAGUCAAAGACAGAACAUUGUGUGACCUUGUAGAGACAUCCAGUAAGAACAAUGGACAGUCCGAAAACAUUCCCUAAGCGGGACAUGACCAACUUAACAAUGUUUUAUCUCUCUCUAUAUAUAUUAAGGUCAAAGGUUGUGUGACAUUAUGUAAGACACGUGGUGUUAGCAUACGGGACUCUG